AUGGAGAAGGGAAAGGGCCUCGCUCGCCGCUGGGCGGUGGAGCUCCCCGACGCCUCCUCCUCCUCCCCCACCGUCCCCGACCCGCCCGGCUUCACCAGAUCCGCGCCCGACGCGGACGACGCCGCGGGUGCGCGCCAGCGCAAGGACUCCGAGACUGCAUGGAAGGCGCAGAAAGCUUGGGAAGUCGCGCAGGCGCCGUUCAAGAACUUGAUGAUGAUGGGAUUCAUGAUGUGGAUGGCAGGGAGCACCGUCCACCUCUUCAGCAUCGGAAUUACUUUCUCUGCUCUGUGGCAACCCCUCAACGCGUUCCGUUCUGUUGGGAAAGUUUUUGAACCGUUUAAGGACCCAAGGGUGGAUACUAUUGCUCCUAAGUUACUCUUUACUGCCCUCAAUUUAGCUGCCAUGGGUUUGGGUGUAUGGAAGCUUAAUACAUUGGGCCUUCUUCCAACAAAUCCAUCAGAUUGGGUAUCUUCACUGGCUCCUGCUCGGAUGCAUUUGUAUCGAAUUUGUGACCGUGCAGCAAAGUCGCAGGAUAUCCACUGGACAGUAACAGACAAGCAGCCCUUGGCCUUCCGCUCCUUCACCUCCUUUCCCCCACCAUUCCCAUGGUGGCCCCCCUCGCCUCCUAAACCCUUCACGCACCAUCUCCGAGGACCAGGGCGGCCACCACCUACCCUGCUUCGCGUUCAUUCGCCGCUGCCACCUGCGGCGCCGGCGGCAGCCCCAGUCGGCCGGCCGCCUUUCGGUCCUUGCGUGCCCCCUGUCCGGCGGCGCCAUACAAUAACAAUGCCUUCAAAUUGUGCCAUAGUAGUAGCUAUUGCCAUCUUUGUUGUUAUUAUCCUCAGCGCCAGCCACGCGGUCACCGGCGCCCGCGUUGGCACCAUGAUGAUCCGGCAGCCUUCCUCCGUCCUGAUGUUCAGGGAGGCGCCCGCGUUCCGGAACAGCCCCGAGUGCGGCGCGGCGGACGGCGACGGCCGGGUGGACAUCGCCAUGACGCUGGACGCCAACUACCUCCGCGGCACCAUGGCCGCGGUGCUGUCCAUCCUGCAGCACACGGCGUGCCCCGAGAGCGUGGCGUUCCACUUCCUCACCGCCGACGCCGACGACCACGGCCUCGCCGCCGCGCUGCGCGCCUCGUUCCCGUUCCUCGACCUCCGGGUGUACCGCUUCGACCCGUCGCGCGUCCGCGACCGCAUCUCCCGGUCCGUGCGGCAGGAGCUGGACCAGCCGCUCAACUACGCGCGCGUCUACCUCGCCGACACGCUCCCGCCCGACGUGCGCCGCGUCACGUACCUCGACUCCGACGUGAUCGUGGUGGACGACGUCCGGACGCUGGCGUCCGUCGACCUCGCGGGCCACGUGGUGGCGGCGCCCGAGUACUGCCACGCCAACUUCAGCAACUACUUCACGGACGCCUUCUGGUCGCACCCGGCGCUCAACGGCACCUUCCACGGCCGCCGGCCCUGCUACUUCAACACGGGCGUCAUGGUCAUGGACGUCGACAAGUGGCGCGCCGGCGGGUACACGCGCCGGGUGGAGGAGUGGAUGGCCGUGCAGAAGCGCCGCCGGAUCUACCACCUCGGCUCGCUGCCGCCGUUCCUGCUCGUCUUCGCGGGCCACAUCCGGGCGGUGGACCACCGGUGGAACCAGCACGGGCUCGGCGGCGACAACGUCGAGGGCCGUUGCCGGGGUCUCCACCCGGGCCCUAUCAGCCUCCUUCACUGGAGCGGCAAGGGUAAGCCGUGGCUCCGCCUCGACGCCCGGCGGCCGUGCUCCGUCGACUACCUCUGGGCGCCCUACGACCUAUACCGUUACUCGUCGCCGGUGAUCGACGAGUGGUGA